AUGUCAUCAUUCGACAACGACGACGACUGGGUGGUGUUCUCCUCGCUGGACAGCACCGCUAGCGACCAUGAGGACGGCGCCACGGGCGCCGAGGGCGCCCUGAGCGACGGCGCCAGCGCCAGCGCCAACAGCGCCAACAGCGCCGCCGCCUCUUCCCACCAAACCCUGCUGCUGGUGCUGGCGCUGUACGUGUUACCACUGCUGCCCGGCGAAACCAGCGUCAGCACCUUAUCCCAGAGCAUUGGCAGCGCUGGCAGUGGUGGCAGCGGCUCACCGCCGGUGGCGUCCCAGAUCCAGUACUUUGAAUCGCUUGGCCACAGCGCCAGCGGCGCUAGUGCUAGUGCCGGCGCUGGCGAUGAUGCAAGCGCUGACGCAAGCGCCGAUGCCCUGACGCCGUCGCUGAGCGCUAAUAGCGACAGCGACGAUAAUGAAACCGCCAUGAAGACCACCACUAACGCCCCCGCCAGACCCUCUAUCGCCACCACGCGUUGCGCUAAUUGCCGUUCGGCCUACGCCAGUAAGCUUAUGGUCGUCCCCGACGACGAUCUGGACCAUGAAACGGGGCUGGAUCACGGCGCCAAGCAGCGCCGCCGGCGCCCGUGGUCGCGCUGGUACUACUUGGUCACCGCCUACGACAAUUUCAUGAUUUUCACGCUUUUGGCGGGGGCGGUGAUUUUGGGGGUGGUGGUGGCGGCGACGAUGGUGACGAUGCCGAUAUUGCAGCACCACUUAUGUCCCCAGCCGGCGCCGGUGGCCCCCGGUGGGUGGGAGAAGGUGGAGCGGAUCUUCGAUGACGUCAUCUACGUGCCGGCGCCGGCGCCGGCGCUGCCUGCGCGGCGGGUGUGGGAGCAGAUGGUGCGGCUUGGCCACGCGCCGGCGCUGGCGCCGCCGGCGAAGGUGAAACGGGUGGACCAGUGGAUGGCCCAGUUAAAUCAGGUCUCUUGGCGCUCAGUGGUGGCCCGGGCUCAAAACCAGUCGGUGGUAGCGGUUAACCGGUUCCGUCGCAAACUGACUCGGGCAAUCACCACCACUACUCAAUGGCUUCAAGGCCAAUGGCAAGUGUACCGGGACGAGGAGCUCCCCACCGCUAAGGCUACUUUAUGCCAAAUUUACCAUGGCCAAGUGGUUCCGCUUACUAAGCAAUUACGAAGCAAUGUGACUCAGUUACUUAAUCGGAGUCAAGUGGGCGCCCACCGCCUACUCCACCAAGUCUCCCACCAGUGCCAUCAGUGGGAGGCGCACCGGGCGGAAACGCGCGUGUGGUUGACGUACCAGGCGCACCGCAUUAUCAGCGGGUGGAAACGGCGGCGGGCGGCGUUAGUGUACGUUCAUGCCCGGUGGCCGGCGUUAGAGGCGACGUGGAAACAAGUGAAGGCGGAAACCCGGAGGGGUUUGAGGGCGGCAGUCAACUGGCUCCAGAAAGUGAGUAAUUCUUAG